CGCCGCCCGCGUUAGUUCCUAUAGGCUAUCGAAGGCUCUGUUCAACCGGCGCCAUUUUCUAGGAGGAAAAGAUAUACGAACACACCCACCCACAGACAAUCUUGUUACACCCUGUAACAGUAGUCACUUACUUAAAAUAUUGGCUAAGGGGCCAGUUACCUCUGUGAGUUCAACACUUGGUCGAUGCGAUUCCCUUUCAGACCUAUGCAUGCCUCACGGAAGGUACGAAAUGAGGCCCUGUGACGGUGCCUCAGUAUCCCAUGGCUGUUGACCUAGCUGUAUCGGUCCCGACAGUUGUUGGGAGUCUCCUCUCUGCUCUUGCGUCGGCUUUUGUUCUCGUUAUCUUCGCCAUUUCACCCAAAAACCAUUUUCGGCAUUGGCUAAUUCUGAAUCUGACAAUCGCGGGUACAGUAUACGAUGUAUCACAAUGCUCCGACCGAUGAUUGGGCUAACAUGCGAGUUGCACUAUCGAAUAGAUUUCCUCAAUGCCACAAACAAUACCGUUUCAGGCUUCCUAGUCGUCAGUCGGCGCCAUGACCUCAAACCCGGACCUGGUUGCCAGCUGAAUGGUUGGAUUGGCCAAUUCUCCGUCCAAGCCAUUGAUUUUUCGAUUCUGGCCAUAGCCAUGGUCGCAUUGUGGAUUGUCCAACGGCCAACCAUAGUAUCAACCUUGAGCUGGAGAGCCAAGGUGAUGUUGUGCAUUUCCAUAUGGAUUACCCCUUUAGUCACUAGUACGACGGCACUCUGUUUGGGUAUCGUUGGACCCGUCAGCGGCAAUUGGUGUUGGAUCGAGUCGCAAUAUCUAGGCUUACGGUACGCCCUCGGACAUGGAUGGCGAAUAGCUAUUGUGUUCAUUACAGCCGUGACGUAUAUUGUGGUCUUCGUCGUUGUCAAGCGCCGCUACGAGCAUCUGAGCCUGUUCCCGAACGGUGAUACAACAUCUGGCCGUGAUAAAUCCAGGUCCACAGAAGGAGAUCCCGUAGAACUGUCAUCCAUAAGGCUGGACACAACAAUCACUGUCCAGAGUAGCGACGUGUUCAAUAAUCAAUCCAGCACAGGUGGGGUAGGCGAGUCUCCGUCAAGGGAUCAUCUCCCAUCGCAGGUCCCUUUUUCCGCAGUGAAAAGCCUGCCGAGUAAAUACGACACGACCUCCAAUGAGCGCCGCCUUAGAUACGCUGACACCCCGGGAAGGAGAGGAGAUUCUACGGAACAACGAGAUAAGAAAAUCCGAUAUGCUGAAGUUCGCCGGGUGAUGUUACUGAAUGGCUAUCCGGCUUUUUAUGUACUUCUGUGGAUCCCCGGGCUGCUCAAUCGGUUGCUCGAAUCCCUUGGUCAUAAGACGAGGUGGCUGCAGAUCCUCCAGGCAUCUACGCAGUUUAUUGGUUUAGCGAAUGCCUUUACUUACUCAUAUAAUGAAGGCUUCCGCCGGCAGAUCCGCUCGUUAAUCACCAGACAGAGACGAUCGUACCAUGAGCAGCUGUGAUACCAAUGAUAACAGGAGGGAGACCGGAUUAACGCAGUACAUUAAUGACAAAUCUUUUA